AUGCCCAGGUCAAAGCCCAGACAGAAGAACAGGAAGAACAGGGUCAACCCUACCGGUCAGGCAACGGAUAAUGCGGAGAUGCAAGUUGCGAAGGCGAAGGUUUUGCCUGUGGUGAACAAACUCUCCUCGGCGGAUGCUGGAGAGCGGACAUGGUCGUGUGCUGCAAUCGCUACAUUGGUUACUUCAGAUGCGCAGACCAGGAAGUUGCUAUUGAAGGAGGGUGUUGUGUCGAGCUUGGUGGAUCGUUUGACCGACAAUUCCCAGGAAGUAGUCGUUGAGGCCUGCGGUGCCCUCCGGAAUAUUGCAUUGGAAGAAGGAUUCGAAGUCUGCCGUGAAAUGUGGGCCAAGAACAUCCUUACACCCCUCGGUGCUGCUGUUCCCAGUCUCAGCAGUGUGAUUAGCGACAUCAUCUUCAAAAAGCCUGUCACCACGGUGGAAGAUGAGAUCACCAGGAAGUUGGUCUGGACAUACGCAGAGAAUGUGGUAUCAUUAAUCUGGAGCUUGAGUGAGACUACGGAGGAUAUUUUGAAGACAAUCAACAAGAUGAGCCCGCUAGUCCCGUUUAUCAUGUUGAUCCUUCAACUCGAGGACGAAGCACCUGCCACGCUCCGCCUGGCUGCAGCGCAGUGUCUAUACACCCUUACUGAUGACAACGAGUUCGCCGUGCAGCAGCUUAUUGGAGAUAGCGCAUACGCCGACCUCCUCGUUUCCCUGGCACAAAAGCCUCAGCAAUCCCCGCCACUCACAUUCGCCUUGAUCUGCGGUAUCCUCCACAAUAUCGCAGACACCAUCGCAAAGAAGCCAACACUUACACUUAGGGACGACUUGACGCACGCCGACCAACAUAUUCUUCCUCAUCUCGUCAACUUCGUCAAUUCCAUCGACUUGACCGCGCUGGCGCAGUCAUACACGGUGGUUGGCGCAACGCAGCCAGCUGAGGGUGCGGAGAUCGAUAUUAAGGAGAACCCGCAGGCGGACAGAUUAUCUCAGCUUGACUCGCAAUUCGCUGCUUCUCAUUUGGCACUCGAGAUCAUCGCUGGUAUCGCCACUGCCGUGCAGGGUGUCUCGGAGGAGGACGGUAUCAUCUCGGGGCCGGCCGAUGAAGACGAGGAGGAAGAUGGUGAGGAGGAUGAAGAUGACGAGGUCAUGGACGAUGAACACGGCGAGCACAUCGGAGACGAAGACGACGCACUCCCCGAAGAGCUGAUGCAAGAAGACGACCGUGUGCCCGAUAUCAGCGAAUCAUCGCAGUCCAUCCUUGCAUGGCUCAUCACGAACGUCACAUCUAUCCUCGUCAGAUUGGCAACCCCAGCACCGACAAAUGACCACCCAGGCUGGCCGACGGAGCACUUGAAGACAGUCAACCUGAGAGCAAUCGAUGCGUUGAAUAACAUUGCAUGGACGUCAGAUUCGGUCAUCCCUCGUGAGGCGGAGUUGUGGGGUACGUGGCAGGAGCAGGCUGGUCACCUCUGGAAGGGCUGCUACACGACCCUUGUACCAGCUUUCAGCGCGGAUGAGAGAUUGUUGGAGGCGGUCGUAGGUUUCUCGUGGGGUAUUGCUAAGGGUGUCAAGGGUGCGGUGGAUGUGAGUGCCGGUGAGGUACAGACCCUCAUUCAGAUGUACAACAAGGUGGAGUCGGUGGAUUUGAAGGUGAAGGCCGUAGGUGUCCUUGGAUGCAUCGCACAGCAGCAGAACCAGAUUGCGCAGAACAAGGAGAUUGGGUCUUUCCUGAUUUCCCAGAUCGUUGCUCUGCCACACACUCCUACUCCUGUCGUCGUGGAGGCGUUGAACGUGAUCUACGAUGUGUACUCUGAUGCAGAGUUCGAUUAUGACGAGCCUGUAUUCGUGCAGUUGAACUUCGUUAGAGCUUUGGAGCGUGUGAGAAAUAAUGUCAAGGCAAUGGUGAAGGCUGUGGACAGGAGACGAAACGGUGAUCUGCGAAUGAGGGCUGAUGAAGCAUACGAGAACUUGGUUGCGUUCGUUGAGUACAAGAAGAGCGAGAGGGAUUAG